AUGGACGGAGGAAGAAUGGCAGAUGAUCAAGCGGACACUAGGGAGAUGAUAAGGGCGAUGCAGCAGAGGAUGGAUGAGAUGCAAAGAAACUAUGAAGUGCAGGUGCAGCAGCAUCGAGAUGUUGAACGGGUGGAGAGUCGCCCUCCACCAACAGGACAGGAGCAAUCACAGCCUGCUCAGGUCGAGAAGACACAGGCGUUGAGGGGAAAUCUGUCGCACACGAUGGCUGAAAGCUCGGGAGCAAAUGAUGGGGGCCGCCCAUCACGUCAACCGAUCCCCGCGUCGGGAUUCUCCCCCUUCACCCCGUACAUUCUGGAGACGCCGCUACCGGAGAAGUGGAAAAUGCCGACAUUCGACAAGUACGACGGCACGACCAAUCCCGACAAUCACAUGCGGGUCUUCAUGCAUCAGAUGAUGUUCCACGCAGCAAGGUUUAGCACGCAGUUCGCGCCCCUGAAGCCGACCAUUCUGACGGUCGACAACCUAGUGAAUAUCCGGCAGGAAGAUGGGGAAUCACUGAGGAGUUAUCUUGAUCGGAGUUUUCGCGGACAAGAUAAGCCGCAAGAAGCCGAAGACGAUGGAGGAGAUGAGGGAACGAGCGGCCAAGUUCAUACAGAUGGAAGAUAUGCAGGAGUUCCGGCUGAAGAAGAGGGAGAAGGAGGAUGCCGCAGUCCCGAAGCCGACUGCACCUCGGCCCGGCCCAGCGAGAAGAAGCCACCGAAGUUCACGAUGUACACUCCCCUGAUCGUUCCUCGGGCUAGGAUUCUGCAAGAAGCUUUCAGCGCCGACUCACUCCCCGCGGCCAGAAAGAAGCCCCCACCACCCGAUGCCGAUGGUAGUAAGCACUGCCAGUACCAUCGGACGAUCGGCCACACCACCGAAGAGUGCCACACGCUCCGCGACAAAAUCGAAGAGCUCAUUCGGCAGGGGCAUCUGAAGAAGUAUAUUCGACAAUAUCGCCCUCCGCGAAGCCCGGUGAGGAACAGAAGCCCCGUAAGAAGAGUCCCCCCGGCCCGGUGGGAGAAGCGGAGAGAGCCCGAACCCGAGAGGCGAAAAAGAGGAUCGUCUCGGACACAUAAGAGCCCAAGGAGGAGCCGCAGUCGGAGCCACGAUAAACCCCUGAGGGGUUAUAUCAAUACCAUCUCCAGAGGCUUCGUCGGAGGAUCGAGCUCAGCUGCUCGAAAGAGGCAUGUUCGGGCGCUAAAAUCGGUUCAUCUAGUAGAAAAGAAGAUCCGGUCGAUGCCCCCCAUCACGUUUACGAACGAGGACUUCAAGGCGCCCGACCCUGAUCAUGAUGACCCGAUGGUCAUCUCGAUCGAGGUAGCCGAGUACGGGAUCGGGAAGGUGCUAGUCGAUCAGGGAAGCUCCGUCAACAUCUUGUACUAG